UGUCAGCUGAUAUAGUGUUAGGUUAGUUUGAUUAUUUAAUUUUUAGAUACUUCUUAUAGAAUAAACAACAGAAAUAUAAUCUCUUGUUCGUGUUAAUACCUAAACCAGAAUGUUAUUUUUGCAAAAUGGAAAGCGACUUUUGAGAUAUGUUAGGGCAUCAUAUAAAUGUCGGUGCAAAUCCGAUGCACAACUUGGUGCUUUGAAAAAUAAGUUAAAUCAAGGCCCAGGAUUAAAAGAUUUCAUCGUAAAUUCAAGUGAAGUUCCAGAAGUUCUUACAUAUCCACCAAAUAUACCUUAUUUACCUGAUAACAUUCAGAAUAUUUCGAAACGAAAGGUUUAUUUUGAUGUUUAUGGAUGUCAAAUGAAUUUAAACGACACUGAAAUCGUCUGGUCUAUAUUAAAAAAUGAAGGAUUUGAGAAGACCGAAGUAGAAGAGGAAGCGGAUAUAUUCCUAGUAAUGACUUGUGCCAUCAGGGAGGGAGCUGAGAAUAAGAUAUGGCACCGUUUAGAUCAUUUGAGGGGAUUCAAAAAUAGACGUGCAUUAUCAAAAAAUCGGAACAAACCUGUCAAGAUUGGGAUUCUCGGCUGUAUGGCAGAGAGAUUGAAGGAGAAGUUAAUUGAAAAAGAAAAGGCUGUGGAUGUUGUUGCUGGACCAGACAGUUACAGAGAUUUACCACGUUUGUUAGCAUUAACCGAGAAUGGACAAACAGCUGUCAAUGUGCUCUUGUCAUUAGAUGAAACCUAUGCAGAUGUGGUACCAGUUAGAUUGAAUCAAGAUAAUAUUUCUGCUUUUAUCUCUAUAAUGCGCGGCUGUGACAACAUGUGCACAUACUGUAUAGUGCCAUUCACUCGAGGCCGGGAGAGGUCGCGCCCGGUGUCCUCUAUUGUGGAUGAAGUUCGCCAUCUCUCUGAAAGCGGUGUGAAGGAGGUCACUCUACUGGGGCAGAAUGUGAACAGUUACAGAGAUGUCACUCAACCUACUGAGAAAUAUGAAACUCGCUUAGCUGAAGGUUUUAAAACAGUGUACAAACACAAGAAAGGCGGGCUCAGAUUUGCUGAUUUAUUAGAUAAAGUGGCUUCCGUUGAUCCAGAAAUGAGAAUAAGAUUUACAGCAGCACAUCCCAAAGAUUUUCCCGAUGAAGUGCUGCAGGUGGUGCGCGAGCGCGCCAACGUGUGCAAGGCGCUGCACCUGCCGGCGCAGGCGGGCAGCAGCGCCGUGCUGGCGCGCAUGCGGCGCGGGUACUCGCGCGGCGCCUACCUGCGCCUCGUGCGCCGCGUGCGCCGAGCCGUCCCCGGCGUCGGUUUGUCCACGGACAUGAUCUGCGGGUUCUGCGGCGAGACAGAUGAAGAGUUCGAAGAAACGCUCUCGUUGAUGGAGAUUGUCGAAUACAACGUAGCGUUCCUCUUCCCUUACAGCAUGAGAGAGAAAACAACAGCGUAUCGACGUUAUAAAGACGACGUACCGGAAUCGGUAAAAAAAGACAGACACAAUCGAAUGAUUGAAUUAUACAGACGGAAAUGUCAAAAAUUAAAUGAUGCGGAAAUAGGAAACGUUCACCUGGUCCUAGUUGAAGGCGUUGUACCAAAAACUGGGCAAAUAAUGGGGAGAAAUGAAUUCUACAUAAAAGUGGUGUUCGAUCAAACAGAAAUACCCUCUGAGGAAGGGAUGAGGAGUGCGAAGCCUGGGGAUUACAUCGGCGUCAGGAUCGUUUCAGCGAGGUGCUCCGUUUUAACUGGAGUGCCGCUCUACCACACGAGUAUCAGAGAGUUUUAUAAGGAAUAUAGUUGGGGCGAGAGAGCUGCUUUGAGAAUAUAAUACAAUAUAACGCUAUUUCUAAGUUUUCCUAAAUCAAUAUAUGUAAAUAUUUAGGGAAUUGUAAAUAAAUAAUUUAGA